ACUGAACUUUAUCGAGACCUAGAAUUUGGAGAUUGCAGAGGGUUUACAACAUUGAGGUAAGGACGGCAAAUGGUAAUACCAAAAACGUUCUUAUGGACGACUGAAGCAAAACAAAAACACCAUCUACCUUAAGAGAAUGACAGGUGCCUAAUCAAGCUUUCCUAUCAACAAACACUAUUUAUAUCCUCUUAGUUUAACCUUUUAUUAUUCUUCACCGACAAAACUCUCUUGUCUGCUUUAAUAAGACUGGGUAAAGCAUGAUGGCUACCAACGAAGAUAAGCCUGAGCGGGACUUUCGUCUAGUGGAAGUGAGUAGUGGCCGUGAGGAAGGGAUAUCCACUACAAUCAUCUUCAAUGGCAAGCGUAUGAUUGUGAACUUUCUUCCACUUGAAUCUCUUGAAGGCACCAUAGAAGAGCCAUUGAUCAGACGACAUGAGGCUUCCAUUGAUGGAGCCGAAGAAGAGGAGCUUGCUGUUGAGGAAAAUUUAGACAUGAUAUUUGAUGCAGGAAAACCAUUGUUUGCUCAACUGGCACCACCGGUUGCGAAGAGAGUGCAAGCCAUGGAUCUGCAUUCUUUAAUCAACCCAAAAACCUUGUACUUGAGUUUUUCACGAUUGAUGGUAAAGCGGAAAUUUUGGAACAAAAUAUGCAGAAGGAGCCAGACAUUCCACCUCCUCCCAUAAUUAUCAACAAUGAUAAGGAAUUUCCCAGAUACUCUUCCAAAGAUAUUCAAGUUUUGGAAGCGAUUCAAGGCGAGGGUGAGAUUACAAAAGUACUGGUAGAUGGAUAAGAAACUUGUUGCAAAACAACUCUUGGAAUACCAAAACUGACGGUAUUGUUAUUUCGGCUGAGAGCGGUCAAGUCAGUG